GAGAUGUGAUCUGUGGUGUUGCAGUUGACUAUUAAAUGUGUGUUCUGCAUCGAUUGGAUUUUUCCUGAUUCUACUAGCAAUCCACAGCUGCUGUGCAGUCGGUCAAUCUAUCACUAUUCUAUAUUUGGCACUCAACCCAAUCUAGCCUUUGGGUACUCUUUUAGCCUCCCUUGUCACAUCCUACUAUAGAAAACCACAUCAAGAUGCUGCCAGCAUGGUCUUGGUCUGCAGCCUCCCUGCUGCUGGGCAGCUUGCAUGUCCGGGGCGCAGAUGCUAUUGGACCCAUCACCCCGGUGGGAUCCAAGUUCUUCCAUGAAGACGGAACACAAUAUUAUAUCAAAGGCGUCGCCUACCAGCUCACGCCCGAAGACCCCCUCGUCAACACAGAUCAAUGCGAGCGCGACAUCGCGCGCAUGGCCGAAUUGGGCACCAACGCCAUCCGGGUCUAUCAUGUGGAUCCCGAUGCCGACCAUGACGGCUGCAUGAACGCACUUGCAGAUGCAGGCAUCUACCUGUUCGUCGAUCUGGAGACGUUCGACACCGCCAUCCGAACGGAUGACCCGCAAUGGACCCGAUCGCAGUUCGACAGUUACACAGCCGUGCUGGACGAAUUCCAGCAGUACAACAACACGGCCGGCGUCUUCAUUGGCAACGAAGUCAUCACGGCGCCGGAUAACUCGGCUGCCGCGCCCUUCGUGCUCGCCGCCGCGCGCGACAUCAAAUCCUACCGCAACGAAAACCACUACCGCCAGAUCCCCGUCGGCUACGCGGCCGCCGACAUCGCCGAGCUGCGUCCCAUGCUGCAGAACUACAUGGCCUGUCGCCCCGACGCCGCCGACCGCCUGGACUUCUUCUCCCUCAACGCCUACGAAUGGUGCGGCGACUCCUCCUACGAGGAGUCCGGCUACCGCAGGCUCCAGCACCAGGCCGCCGACUUCCCCAUCCCCAUCUUCUUCUCCGAGACCGGCUGCAACGUCGCCCGCCCGCGCCUCUUCACCGACCAAUCCGCCAUCUUCUCCGAGCCCAUGUCCGACACCUGGUCCGGCUCCAUCAUCUACGAAUGGAUCCAGGAGACAAACGACUACGGCCUGAUCACUUACGACGACGACGACGACACCGUCACCCCCGACGCCGGUCCCAACAACAACGCCCCCGUCGCCCUCGACGGCUUCGCCCGCCAAGGCGCGCCCAACCGCGUCGCGCCGGACUUCGACAACCUCAAAUCCCAAUGGGCCACGCUGAAUCCUACCGGCGUCUUCCUCUCCGACUACAUCCAGUCCACGGCGGCCAUCUCUCCGCCGGAAUGCCCCGCCUCCACGCCGGGCGGCUGGGCCGUCGACCCGAACGCCCCGCUGCCCACGCUGCAGGAUACCUUCCACACCGCGGCGCCGACGGUCCCGUCUGCCACUCGAUUCCCGUCCAUCACCGUCUCGUCGGGCGCCGGUGCUGGCGCUGGCUCCUCGCCGACUCCCACGGCGUCGUUUUCGCCCCUGUCGCCGUCUUCCUUCUCCGCUACCUCGUUCAAUUACACCCUCAGUAACGCUGGCAGCGCUGUCGCCGUGCCUGGACAGGGCUUCGGGCUCGCCCGGCUGGCGGAUGGGUUCGUGGUGUUUGGUGCGGUGGUGGGCGCGUUGGCGGUUUGGUUGUAAGCCUACCUGUCUGCCUGUCUGGUCUUUCCUACAUUGCUUGUCCUUGACAAGGAGGGAAUGAAUC